GUUCUCGCUGCUGAUUGUAGCCUAACACACACACAUACACAUUCAUACACAUACACAGACGGUUCUCCGCUCAAAUCUGACUUAGAAAUAACACACCAAAACAUCAUAUCCCAGGAAUCACACCGCUAUUCGAUAGAAAAGGCCAAAGGAGACCCCAAAAUAAGCUGGGCUCUCUGCUACCUGGUUGCCCUGGUAAGGUGUUGCCAUGCCGUUCCCUUUCGGUAAGUCUCACAAGUGUCCCGCGGACAUUGUGAAGAAUCUAAAGGACAGCAUGACCAUUCUGGAGAAGCAGGACAUUUCGGACAAGAAGGCUGAGAAGGCCUCUGAAGAGGUGUCCAAAUCUCUGUUGGCGAUGAAGGAGAUUCUCUACGGCACGAGUGAGAAGGAGCCGCAGACAGAAGCCGUGGCUCAGCUGGCUCAGGAGCUCUACAACAGCGGCCUGCUCAGCACCCUCGUCGCAGAUCUGCAGCUCAUUGACUUUGAGGGCAAGAAAGACGUGGCACAGAUCUUUAAUAAUAUUUUGAGACGUCAAAUCGGCACACGGACACCCACUGUUGAAUACCUGUGCACUCAACAAAAUAUACUCUUCAUGCUGCUUAAAGGUUACGAGUCUCCAGACAUCGCUCUGAACUGCGGGAUCAUGCUGAGGGAAUGUAUACGGCAUGAGCCGCUGGCAAAGAUCACCCUCUGCUCUGAGCAGUUCUACGAUUUCUUCAGAUACGUGGAGAUGUCCACCUUCGACAUCGCCUCGGAUGCUUUUGCCACUUUUAAAGAUUUGCUGACGAGACACAAACUGCUCAGCGCUGAGUUUCUGGAGCAACACUAUGAUAGAUUCUUUAGUGAAUAUGAGAAACUGCUUCACUCAGAAAACUAUGUGACUAAAAGGCAGUCGCUGAAGCUUUUGGGAGAGCUGCUGUUGGACAGACACAACUUCACUAUAAUGACAAAGUACAUUAGCAAACCAGAGAACCUCAAACUCAUGAUGAACCUGCUGAGAGACAAGAGCCGCAACAUCCAGUUUGAGGCUUUCCAUGUGUUUAAGGUGUUCGUGGCCAAUCCGAACAAGACGCAGCCCAUCCUCGACAUCCUGCUGAAGAACCAGACCAAACUCAUCGAGUUCCUCAGCAAGUUCCAGAACGACCGAGCCGAGGACGAGCAGUUCGGCGACGAGAAGACCUAUCUAAUCAAACAGAUCCGAGACCUCAAGAGGCCAACCCCGCAGGACGCCUGAGAAGGAUGACGGACGGUUAAAAGUGCAAAGAGGACGUCUAGACAGUGUUUUAGGCAACGUCUGGACGAUGUUUGGCUCUCUGGGACGUUGAGUGGCCGUAGCACUGGGCAUGUUUUUGUGUUUUGCAGGAACCGUCAGAUGCCGUUUGAGCUCGGUGGGGCGAGUUAUAUGGCGACGAGGAUGAAGAAGAGUCUUGCUUCGCUGGACAUACA